CUCGGUGCCGUGAGUAAAUGGCGGCCCACCUCUAACUGGAUAUAUCCAUUGGGACAAAUUGGAGCAUUAUGGGCGAUUUAAGCUGGAAAGACUUUUUGAGCCAGGCUAAGCAGUUCCUUAACAUUUCCCAGCAGUUGGACGAUGGCUGGACAAUGGAGGAAAAGGACUCGAAUGAACCGAACACCUUCCUCAAGUUCGAACAAAAAAUUAAGUAUAAAAGCGAAAAGGAUAAUUUAGGGGAGUUGGUUAAUGCAGAGUAUCAUGUGGUCUACAGUGUUUCCUACCAAGUGCCUAUGCUCUUUUUCCAAACGCACAGAUCAGAUGGAAGCCUUCUGGACUUGGAGGCUACUUGGCAGCUAUUUAUGCCAGAAACAAAAGGUAGCGGUCUCUACCAGGUGCUCACCCAAAUGGAUCACCCCGUGCUCUUCAGACCUUUCAUGGCACUGCAUCCAUGUCGCACCGCCGAGGUCCUUACACAAUUCGGACAGCCCAGUAAAAAUCAGGUGCUUACCUUCAUUAGUCUUUACGGACCCCAUGUGCAGUUGCGCCUGCAAAAUGCAUACGGCCUCAGUCAAGAAUACACAUAAGUUGCAUUUA